AUGUCUACACUCGCUGCACCGUUGUCCGUAGCAGGGACCAGAUCCUCUGGAGCACCUGUCAGGACUCAAAAUGUUAUGGCUGCAGCCACUAUUGCUAAUAUUGUGAAGAGCUCUCUUGGGCCUGUGGGACUUGACAAAAUGUUGGUGGAUGAUAUUGGUGAUGUGACAGUCACAAAUGAUGGUGCUACUAUAUUAAAAAUGUUGGAAGUUGAGCAUCCAGCCGCAAAAGUAUUGGUAGAACUAGCCCAACUGCAAGAUGAGGAAGUUGGUGAUGGCACUACCACUGUAGUCAUUAUUGCUGCUGAGCUACUUAAGAAUGCCGAUGAACUGGUGAAGAACAAAAUUCAUCCUACUAGUGUAAUCUCAGGCUACAGACUUGCUUGCAAAGAAGCUGUCAAGUACAUUCAGGAUAACCUCACUGUCAAUGUGGAGUCGCUUGGCAGGGCUUCCAUCAUCAACAUUGCCAAGACUUCAAUGUCAUCUAAACUGAUUGGAGCUGAUGCCGACUUCUUCUCUGAGAUGGUGGUCGACGCGGCACAAGCGAUCAAGACGACCGACGCAAGGGGCAACGUUCUAUAUCCCAUUAAAGCGGUCAAUAUUCUCAAGGCCCACGGCCGCAGCGCCCGGGAGAGUAUCCUCGUGAAAGGGUACGCCCUGAACUGCACAGUCGCGUCCCAGGCCAUGCCCAAGAAAAUCACCAACGCCAAAAUUGCCUGUCUCGAUUUCUCACUGCAGAAGACCAAGAUGAAGCUUGGAGUUCAGGUCCUAGUCACAGAUCCAGAGAAGCUGGACGCGAUACGCGCCCGCGAACUGGACAUCACCAAAGAGCGUUUGAACAAGAUCCUGAGCACAGGCGUCAACGUCAUCCUUUGCACCGGCGGUAUUGAUGACCUCUGCCUUAAAUACUUCGUUGAGGCCGGCGCUAUGGGCGUCAGGAGGUGCAAGAAGGCCGACCUGAAGAGGAUCGCGAAAGCCACCGGCGCAACAUACCUUACUUCUCUGACAAACAUGGAGGGUGAAGAAGUAUUUGAGCCCAGCAUGAUUGGUGAAGCUGCAGAAGUAGUCCAAGAAGAGAUUUGUGAUGAUCAACUGAUCUUAAUUAAAGGACCUGUUGCGCGGACGGCCGCGUCCAUCAUCCUGAGGGGUCCGACGGACGCCUACUGCGACGAGAUGGAGCGGUCCGCCCACGACGCUCUAUGCGUGGUGCGUCGUGUGUUGGAGUCGGGGCGCGUGGUACCAGGCGGUGGGGCUGUUGACGCCGCCCUAUCCAUAUACCUGGACAACUUCGCCACCACAUUGAGCUCACGCGAACAGCUAGCUAUCGCCGCUUUCGCGCAGUCCUUACUUGUCAUACCGAAGACGUUGGCGGUGAACGCCGCGCGAGACGCUACUGACCUUGUCGCCAAGCUCAGGGCAUACCACAACUCUUCGCAGACAAAGGUAGAGCACGCCAAUCUUAAAUGGGUGGGUCUAGAUCUAACAGAGGGCACACUCCGCGACAAUCUAGCAGCUGGAGUAAUAGAGCCAGCGAUUUCAAAAAUAAAGGCCCUUAAGUUCGCAACGGAGGCGGCUAUCACCAUCCUACGUAUUGAUGAUAUGAUCAAACUGGACCCUGAACCCAAGGGAUAUGAUAGAGAAGAUUAU